CGUGACGUCACUGGGAGGCGUGCGGAGCGCGGCUUUGGCGCCCUCGGUUGAAAGCCCGGCGGGACCAGCUGCGGGGAGGAGGGUCGUCGCCAGGAGAGUCUGCGGAGCCCGGGAGCGGCGUCUGUGGAGGCGAUUCGUUUUCCAAGUGUCGGAGUAAUAUCGUAGAGAAAAAUGCCUAUUGGGUGCAAAGAGAGACCAACUUUUUUUGAAAUUUUUGAGACGCAAUGCAGCCAAGCAGAUUUAGGACCAAUAAGCAUUAAUUGGUUUGAAGAACUUUCUUCAGAAGCUCCCCCAUAUAAUUCUGAAACUGCAGAAGAAUCUGAAUAUAAGUCCAGCAGUUAUGAACCAAACCUAUUUAAAACACCCCAAAGGAAACCUUAUCAUCACUUGGCUUCUACUCCAGUAAUAUUCAAAGAGCAAGGUCUAACUCUGCCACUGUAUCAGUCUCCUUUAAAAGAAUUAGAUACGGGCAGAUUAGAUUUAGGAAAGCAUAUUACCAAUAGUAAAUAUAAAAGUUGUUGCACAAUGAAGGCUAAAAUGGAUCAAGCAAAUGAUGUUAUCCCACCUCUAAAUUCUUGCCUUAGUGAAAGUCCUGGUGUUCUACAAUGUACACAUGUGACACCUCAAAGAGAAAAGUCAGUGCUAUGUGGAAGUUUAUUUCAUACACCAAAGCUUAUGAAGGGUCAGACACGGAAACAUAUUUCCGAAAGUCUAGGAGCUGAGGUAGACUCUGAUAUGUCUUGGUCAAGUUCUUUAGCCACACCACCAACCCUUAGUGCUACUGUACUCAUAGUCAGAGAUGAAGAAGCAUCUUCAGCUGUAUUUCCUAAUGAUACUACUGAUAUUUUGAAAAGCUAUUUUUCUGACCAUGAUGAAAGUUUGAAGAAAAAUGAUAGGUUUAUCCCUUCCGGGCCAAACAGUGAAAUAAAAAGUCAGAGAGAAGCUAAAAGUCAUGAAUUGGGGAAUCCAUUGGGAAAAGUAAGUAGCUGCAAAGACCAUUUUGGAAAUGUCCCAGAAGAUGAAGUACAUGAAAAGGUUGGAGAUAUUUCUGAAGAAGAUAGUUUUUCAUUAUGUGUUUCUAAAUAUAAAAAAAGAAAUCUACAAAAAAUAAAAACUAACAAGACUAGGAAAAAUAUUUUCAAUGAAACAAAAACUGAUGAAUGUGAAGAAUCUAAAAAACAAAUAAAAGAUAAUAAACAGUUGUUUUUAUCCAAAAUGGACCCAAAUGACAGUGUUCCAUUAGAUUCAAAAUUAAGGAGUCAGAAGCACUUGGGGAAUGGAUGUGACAGAAUCUCUGAGGAGGGUGUACAGUCUCCAAUCUUUGAAUGGUCUCAGCUAACUCUCUCAGAUAUAAAUGGAACCCAAAUAGGGAAAAUACUGCAUAAUUCUUCUUGUGACCAAAAUAAUUCUGAAAAAAAUCUCAUAGGCACAGAAAAAGAAUGUACCAACUUUAUUACUUUAGAAAGUUCUUUGCCACCUAUUUCAAGUGUACCAAAGACAGAGAAGAUAUUAAAAGAGGAAAUAAUCGUGAAUAAGAGAGAUAAAGGACAGUGUCUUGAAUUGCAUGAAGAUUCCACUCUUGAGUUAAAACACACAGUAGCUUCUCCUCUUCAGGGUAUCAAAAAGUCUCGAGUCAGGAUAAGAGAAUCACCUGAAGAGACACCAAGUGCAGUUUUCUCAAAUAACAUGACUGAUCCAAACUUUAAAAAAGAUCCAGAAGCCUCUGAAAGUAGACUGGAAAUAAGUACUAUUUUCUCCCAGAAAGAAAGUUCUUUAUGUACAAGUUCAAUUAAUAAUGGAAGCUGUCCAGUCACUAUCAAACAUACUUCUGUAGCUUUGAAGAAUACAGGUUUAAUAUCCACUUUGAGAAAGAAAACUAAAAAGUUUAUUUAUACUAUAAAUGAUGAAACAUCUUAUCAAGGACUAAAAAUGCAGAAAGAUCAAGAAUCAGGACUAAAUAACUAUUCUGCCCAAUUUGAAGAAAACUCUUUUGAAGCACCAUCUACAAUUAUAAAUGCUGAUUCAGGUUUAUUGCAUUCUUCUGUAGAAAAAAACUGCUUACAGAAUGAUUCUGAAGAACCAACUUUGUCUUUUACCAGCUCUUUUGGAAGAAUUCUGAGAAAAUGUUCUAAUAAUGAAAGCAGUUUUAAUAAAAUAUCUCAGGAUCUUGAUUAUAAAGAAGCAAAAAUUAAUAAAGAAAAGCUGCAGUCAUUUAUAACCACAGAAACUGAUUAUCUGUCAUGCUUACAGGAAAAAUAUUGUGAAGAAGAUCCAGAAUACCAAAUUUUAGACAUAAAAGAAAAGGUCUUACCUGUAGCGUUUCACCCUACAAUGCCAAAUUCAGAAAUUGAAAGUGGUAGUCGCUUUCAAUCCCAGGAAAGCAUUUUAUAUAACCUUGAUAACACCAACAUUUUAACUUCUGGCUCCAAGGUUCCUCCAUCAAACCCAGGUGUGAUUUCUAGAGGAAAAGAAUCAUAUAAAACAUCAGAGAAAGUAAAAUUUAAAAAUGAAGCUGGUUUUAAUUUAACCAAAAAUAUUCCCAUGGAUAAUCAAGAAAUAUGUGUUUUAAAUGAAAAUUCUAAAAAAGCUGAGCUGUUGUCACCUGAAAAAUACAUAAUAGCAUCACCUUCUCUGAAGUUACAAUUAAACCAAACUACUAAUCUCACAGUAACCCAAAAUGUCCAGGAAAAGACUACUUCAAUUUCAAAAAUAACUGUGAAUUCAAACUCUGAAGAACUUUUCCAAGAUAAUAAGAAGGAUUUUGUCUUUGCAGUAACGGAUGAAUGGAAUAUUCCUUUGUUAGAAAAUAAUGAGGAACUUAAAGAGGCAGAUGUCAGUUGUGUCAGAGAACCUAUUAUCAAGCACUCUAUCAUGGUAGUAGAUACUGGCACCAGUGACAAACAAGUAGCCAAAGUGUCAAUUACAAAAGAUUUUGAUUCAUCAAAUGUAGCCCAUGAUCUUACAGAGAACAGAAAAAAUGUAAUGCAGCAAAUGAUUCUUGGUGAAGAUUCAAAGUCAGACAUGACCUUCGAUAUAGAUAAGAAAUCAAACCAAAAUGAUUACAUGGACACGUUGCCAAAAUUUUCAGAUACCAUUUCAAAUCACAGUUUUGGACAGGGCUUCAGAACAGCUUCUAAUAAAGACAUAAAACCCUCUGAAUACAACAUUAAGAAAAGCAAAGUGUUCUUCAGAGAUAUUGAAGAACAUUUUACUACUACGUUAGCCUGUAUAGAAAUUGUAAGUAACUCAUUGUCAGAAAAUCAAAAGAAACUAAGCAAACCUCACUCACUUGAUGGCCAGUCAAGUGAUACUGCAUCUGGGUGUGAGCAGAGUAGUGCACUUGUGUCUGAUAGUGAAAAUAGUCACACAACUCCUCCAACUUUGUCUUUGAAGCAAGAUUUUAAUUCAAACCAUAACUUAACACCUAGCCAAAAGGCAGAAAUUACAGAACUUUCUACUAUAUUGGAAGAAUCAGGAAGUCAGUUUGAAUUUACGCAGUUUAGAAAACCAAGCUACAUAAUGCAGAAUAAUCCACUUGAAAUACCUGAAAACCAGAUGCCUGCUUUGCAUACCACUUCUGAGGAAUGGGAAGGCGUUGAUCCUCCUCUCAUGGAUAACAGGAGGAAGUUUGAAGAUAAGCAAAACUCUGCUUGCUCACUAAAAACAAGCUUUAACAAAAAUGUUGCUGGGUAUUUAACAGAUAAAAAUGAAGUGGAGUUUAAAGGCUUUUACUCUGCUCGUGGUGCAAAACUGAAUGUUUCUAGUGAAGCACUGCAAAGAGUGGUGAGGCUGUUCAGUGACAUUGAGAAUAUUAGUGAGGGAACUUCUGCAGAAGUAAAUCCAAUAAAUUUCUCUUCAAGUAAAUGUAAUGAUACUGUUUCAGUGUUUCAGAUGGAAGAUUGUAACAAUGAUAAAAUUUGUAAUGAAAAAAACAAAUACCAACCAAUACAACAAAGUAAUAUUGAGAUGGCUGCUGGCAUCUUUGUUGAGGAAAAUACUGAAGACCAGAAGAAAAAUACAGAAAGUGAAGAUAAUUCUAUUGGAGCCCAUAGAAAUAUUUAUAACUUAGGAAAAUCUGAUAGCAAUGAUUUAAAUAAAAAUGAUACAUUUUGUGUUUAUAAAGAUGAAAAUGGCUUGCCAUGUGUUAUUGAUCAGCACAACAGCACAAAAUCAUCUGGCCAGUUUAUGAAUGGAGGAAACACUCAAGUCAAAGAAGGUGUAUCAGAUUUAACUUGUUUGGAAGUUGUGAAAGCUGAAGAAAUAUGUCAUAUUCAUAAACAACAGUUAACUGCUAGUAAGAUGGGGCAAAACAUAAGAGAUUUUGACAUUUUUGAUGUAUCCUUUAAGACUGCAAGUGGGAAAAAUGUCAAAGUCUCUAAAGAUUCAUUAAAUAAAGCUAUGAAUUUCUUUCAUCAAAAAUGUGCAGAAGAAGAAUUGAAUAACUUUUCGGAUGCCUUGAAUUCUGAAUUACUUUCUGGAGUAAAAGUCAACAAAAUAGAUAUGUCAAGUUAUAAGGACACAGAUAUGGUUAAAGACAAAACAUUGAAAGAAAGUGAUUUGAUUGGUAUUGAAAAUCAAUUGCUGACUCUCCAAACAGAACCAGAAUGUGAAAUCGAAAAGGUCAAAGAACCUAUGUUGGGUUUUCAUACAGCUAGUGGGAAAAAGGUAAAAAUUGCAAAGGAAUGUCUGGAAAAAGUUAAAAAUAUUUUUUAUGAAAAAAAUCAGGAUAGUGAAACCACUGAUUAUAGUCAUAGAAGAGUAAAGGUGCCAAAGGAUAGAGAAGAAUAUAAAGUAGGGUUUCCAUUAGCAUGUGAGACUGGUGAAAUAACUGCUCCAAUGUAUGAAGAAACGCAUAAUUCUCUAAAGGAGAAAAAACUUGUGUCUAAUGAGUUUGCUAUGUUAUCCAGGCUCUUAAGUGACAAUUUAUACAGGCAAACUGGAAAUUUCAAAAUGUCAAAUAGUGUUGAUCUGAAAAUUGGAAACAGAGAAAAAGAAACAGCAAAAAGUCCUACAACUUGUUACAGAAGUCAAUUCACUUGUUCAGCCAUUAAAAAUUCUGUAGCUUUUUACACAGGACAUGGUAGAAAACUUUCUGUGAAUCAGGCUUCACUACUUGAAGAAGAAUUGGAUGAUCAACCAGAAAAAAUAAAUGCUGCCAAAGUUACAUGUUUAAAAAACAAUCCUGAGGAUUAUGUAGAAAAUCCUUCAUGUGGAAAUCACGCAAACAGUAUUAUAAUUGAAAAUGACAAAAAUCAUCUCUCUGAAAAACAAGAUCCAACUUAUUUAAGUGACAGUAGCAUGUCUAAUUGCAAUUCAGAUGACUCUGAUUUUUGUCAUUCCAAUGAGAUAUGUGAUAAAUUAAAAUCACUCUCUAAAAGUAAAAUGGAUAAUUUUGGUAUUGAGCCAAUAGUGAAGAAUGUUAAAGAAAAAAACCCCACUAGUUUUUCUGAAGUAAUAGCCACCAUAAGAGAAGCAAACACAUACCGGGGACAAACUGUAAAUGAAGAUACUUGUGUUCAGAAAUUUUUGACUAACUCUUCAUGUAAAAACACAGCCCUGGAAGAGGUCGUGUCUGAUUCAAAUAAUUUUGAGAUACAGCCUCCUGCAUCCAGUACAGCAAGUUGUGAAAUGGUCUUUGUUUCACAUGGAAUGAAAGUGAGAGAGAGAUUUGCAGACAACUGCACCAAGGUUAUUAGGAUAAACACAGAGAAUAAAUCAGGCACUGGCCAUAUGAAAACUUUGACAGAUUAUCCUGAGGUGGUGGAUGAUUCGGAUGAUUUUAUUUUUCUUAACUCUCUGGAUAGUGAAGAGCGUAGCAUGCAUUCAUAUAAGGUUUGUUCUGGCAUUCAAAGUGAACAAAUUUUACAACAUGGCCAAAGUAUGUCUAGAUCAGAGACAGUUUCUGAAAUGUUACCUUGUCAGAGUAAUUUGAAAGCUUCUGCUACUUGUAAAUUUAAUACAGUCUCUAAUGCUUUUGGGAUUUUUAGCACAGCAAGUGGGAAAUGUGUACAAGUGUCAGAUGCUGCCUUACAGAAAACCAGAUGCAUCUUUUCUAAGCUAGAAGAGAGUGCUGAGCACCUCUUUUCCAAAGUAUCAUUUGAACCUAAUAAAGAAAAUUCAGAUAGGCUCACAAGUGAAGAAAAUACUAUGAUACAUAUCCCCCCAAAUUUGCCAUCACCUGCUUUCUCUGGAUUUAGGACAGCAAGUGGAAAACAGGUUCCAGUUUCAGAGAGUUCCUUAAACAAAGUUAAGGGGAUGUUGGAGGACUUUGAUUCACUCAGAACUGAAUAUGGUCUUCAGAAUUCACCUACAUCUGGACAAGAUGUGUCAAAAGUACUUCCUCUCUCCUGUAUUGAUAAGAAAACUCUAAGACAUUCUGCAAACUGCAAAAUGGAAGAGGCCUGCAAUAAAGAAUUUAAAUUAUCAAAUAACUAUAACAUUAGAAGUGAUUUUUCAGAAAAUACUCACUCUCUUGAAACUUCUCCAUGUCUCUCUCAGUUUAAGCAGGAUGAACAACCAUUGGUAUUAGGGAACAAAGUAUCACUUGUUGGGAGCAGUCAUAUUUUGGGACAAGAUCAAGCUUCACCUAAAAAUAUAAAAAUGGAAAUUGUGAAACCUGAAACUUAUCCUAAUCUUCCCAUGACAACAAAUACAGAAAUUUGUUCUACUUAUUCCCAAGAUCAAGGAAACUAUUUUGAAACAGAAGCAGUGGAGAUUGCCAAAGCUUUUAUGGAAGAUGGUGAUCUGACAGAUUCUGAACUGCUAAAUCAUCCCAAACACUUACUUCUCUCCUGCCAAAACAAGGAAAUGGCUUUGUUAAAUUCAGGAAUUGGGAAAAGAAGAGGAAAUGUACUUUUGAGUGGGGAGCCUCCAGCCAAAAGGAGCUUGCUAAGUGAAUUUGACGGGAAAACGGAAAAUCAGGAAAAACCCUUAAAGGCUUCCAGAAGCACUCCCGAUGGCACAAUAAAAGAUAGAAGAUUGUUUAUGCAUCACAUUUCUUUAGAGCCAGUUACUUGUGGACCCUUAUGCACAACUAAGAAAAGGCAAAAAAUACAGACUCCAAGUUUUACUGAACCUGGUCAAGAAUUUCUGUCCAAAUCUCAUUUUUAUGAACAGCCAACUUUGGAAAAAUCUUCAAGCGAUUCAUCAAUUUUGGAACAGCCAUUUUAUAAGGUUCCUGCUACACAAAAUAAAAAAAGGAGAUACUCAAUUACUACAGGCAAACCAAUGAAAGUUUUUGUCCCACCUUUUAAAACUAAAUCACAUUUUCACAGAGAUAAUCAGUGUCUUGGCAGCAAUAAUGAUUUGGAAGAAAACAAACAAAAACAAAACAUAGGUGAACAUGGCUCUGGUGGUAGUAAAAAUAAUGUUAAUGACAGUAAAGUUCAUCAGCCCAACAAAGAUAACUCCAAUCAAGUAGCAACUGUAAUCUCCACAAAGUGUGAAGAAGAACCUUUAGAUUUCAAUACAAAUCUUCAGAAUGCCAGAGAUAUACAGGAUAUGCGUAUUAAAAAGAAAUAUAGCCAACAAAUUUUUCCACAGCCAGGAAGUCUAUAUCUUGCAAAAACAUCCACUGUGCCUAGAAUCUCUCUGAAAGUGGCAGUAGAAGGCAAAGUUCCCUCUGCAUGUUCCCAUAAACAGCUGUAUAUGUAUGGCAUCUCUAAACAUUGCCUAACUAUUAACAGCAAAAAUGCAGAGUCUUUUCAGUUUCACACUCAGGAUUAUUUUGGUAAGGAAGGCUCCUGGGCUGGAAAGGGAGCACAGCUGGCUGAUGGUGGAUGGCUUGUACCCUCCAAUGAUGGGAAGGCUGGAAAAGAAGAAUUUUAUAGGGCUCUGUGUGACACCCCAGGUGUGGAUCCAAAGCUUAUUUCUAGAGGUUGGGUCUAUAAUCACUAUAGAUGGAUUAUAUGGAAACUGGCAGCUAUGGAAUUUGCCUUUCCUAAGGAAUUUGCUAAUAGAUGCCUAAGCCCAGAAAUGGUGCUUCUUCAACUAAAAUACAGAUAUGAUAUGGAAAUUGAUAGAAGUCAAAGAUCCGCUAUAAAAAAGAUAACAGAAAGGGAUGAUACAGCUGCAAAAACACUUGUUCUCUGUGUUUCUGAAAUACUUUCACCAAGCACAAGUCUAACUGAAACUUCUAACAGCAAAACUGGUGGUGUGGAUACCAGCAAAACAGCUAUUGUGGAACUGACUGAUGGAUGGUAUGCUGCGAAGGCCCAGCUGGACCCUCCCCUCUCAGCUCUAGUGCAGAAAGGUAGACUGGCUGUCGGUCAGAAGAUCAUCACUCACGGAGCAGAACUGGUGGGCUCUCCUGAUGCCUGUCCGCCUCUUGAAGCCCCAGAAUCUCUUAUGCUAAAGAUUUCUGCAAACAGUACCCGGCCUGCUUGCUGGUAUGCCAAGCUUGGAUUCUCUCCAGACCCUAGACCUUUUCCUCUCCCCUUGUCAUCACUUUUCAGUGAUGGAGGAAAUGUUGGCUGUGUUGAUGUAGUUAUUCAAAGAGCAUAUCCUAUGCAGUGGAUGGAGAAGACGUCGUCUGGAUUAUACAUAUUUCGCAAUGAAAGAGAAGAGGAAAAGGAAGCAGCAAAAUAUGCAGAGGCUCAACAAAGGCAACUAGAAGCCUUAUUCACUAAAAUUCAAACAGAAUUUGAAGAGCAUGAAGAAAAUAUAACAAAACAAUGUACACCAUCACGUGCACUAACCAGGCAACAAGUCUGUGCUCUGCAGGAUGGAGCAGAGCUCUAUGAAGCAGUAAAAACUGUGCCAGACCCCAGUUACCUUGAGGGUUAUAUUAGUGAUGAGCAGUUAAGAGCCUUGAAUAAUCACAGACAGAUGUUGAAUGAUAAGAAGCAAGCACAGAUCCAAUUGGAAUUCCGGAAGGCUGUGGAAUCUGCUGAGAAAGGGGAGCAAAUGUUAUCAAGGGACGUUACAACUGUGUGGAAGCUGCGUAUCAUAAGCUAUGCGAAAAAAGAAAAAGAUUCUGUUAUAUUAAGUAUCUGGCGUCCAUCAUCAGAUUUAUAUUCCCUGCUAACAGAGGGAAAGAGAUAUAGAAUCUAUCAUCUUGCAACAUCAAAAUCUAAAACUAAAUCUGGAAGAGCUAAUAUACAGUUAACAGCAACCAAAAACACUCAAUUUCAGGAAAUACCAGCUUCAGAUGAAAUCCUGUUCAAAGUUUAUCAGCCGAGGCAUCCACUUCCCUUCAGCCAAUUACUAAAUCCAGACUUCCAGCCACAUUGUUCUGAGGUGGACUUAAUAGGAUUGGUAGUUUCUGUUGUGAAAAAAAUAGGUCUUGCUCCUUUGGUCUACUUGUCUGAUGAAUGCUAUAACUUACUGGCAAUCAAGUUUUGGAUAGAUCUUAAUGAAGACCUAAUUAAACCUCACAUGUUAAUUGCUGCGAGCAAUCUCCAGUGGCGACCAGAAUCCAAAUCAGGAAUUCCUACUUUAUUUGCUGGAGAUUUUUCCAUGUUUUCUGCCAAUCCAAAGGAGAGCCAUUUUCAAGAGACAUUCCACAAAAUGAAAAAUACUAUUGAGAAUAUUGAUAGAUUUUGCAGCGAUGCAGAAAACAAGCUUAUGCAUAUGCUUAAUGCAAAUGAUCCCAAGUGUUCCACCCCAAUCAAAGACUAUACUUCAGAACCACACAAUGUUCAGACAGUCCUUGGUAGAGGAAAUACGUUUCUGACGUCUUCUCCCAAUAGUGAGAUGAACUAUCAAAGUUCUUUAUCACUUUGUAAGCUAAAAGAGAAGUCUGUUCCCACACCUGUAUCAGCCCAAAUGACUUCAAAGUCUUGUAAAGGGGAGAAAGAGGUUGAUGACCAAAAAAACUGCAAAAGAAGACGAGCCUUGGACUUCUUGAGCAGACUGCCUUUACCUCCACCUGUUAGUCCCAUUUGUACAUUUGUUUCUCCAGCUGCACAGAAGGCAUUUCAGCCACCACGAAGUUGUGGCACCAAGUAUGAAACACCUAUAAAGAAAAAGGAAUUGAGUUCUCCUCAGUUAGCUCCACUUAAAAACUUUCAUGACAUUUCUGUUGUAGAAGGCGAUUCGAUAGCUGACGAAGAACUUGCAUUGAUCAAUACCCAGGCCCUUUUGUCUUGUUCAGCAGGAAAAAAACAACUCGUAUCAAUGGGUGAGUCCACUAGGACUGCUCCCACCCCUAUGGUCACAAAGCAGAAUUCCCACGUCAGUACUGGAGGAACAGGAGACUCUGUUCAGGACACAAGUACAAUACAAGAUACAUCUAAGAGACUGCAAAGGCAACAGAACCGAAAACAACAAAAAUUAGUUACUGACGCUUAACCUUUUCAGUUUGUAACAACAUGCAGUUUCAAAGCACACACCCAUAUCUGCAAAAUGAGAAAUGGUUCCAAAUCUACCUCAGUACUCAUGUAUCACAGGAAUGCUCUUUGCCUGCUUCUAUAUUGGUAUACUUUUAUUUCAGUUCUAAACCUUAAAACUGUUUGUUUAUUAACCAAGGAAAAAUCUUUAUGAUGGGAUUUGCUCACUACAAGUAUUUUACAAAUGAACUAUGAACUCUUUUUGUUUAGAUUGUGUCCUUAAUUAAAUGAAACUAGGUUUCUCAGCAGAGUUAUUUUGACUCACAUAAUUCCUACUUUAGUUUCUUUUUGUGUAUGUGUUUUUAGAGGUAACCUACUAUGAACCACUUUUCCUUAAUGCACAUGUUAGUUGUACUGUAGUUCUGUCCUGAUCAAAAAUUGGACUAAGAUAUGACUGGUGCUUGCUUUUGAUCAAAGUGUUUAUUCUUAAGUGUGUAACUACAAGAAAAAUAGAACCCUUAGUAUAAUUAAUUCCUUUAUAUGAUCCCAAUGUAAUCUCUGAAAUUAUUUCAAUUAAAAAUUCAAGUAUUCUAAUUCAGAAGUAGAUUUCAUAGUGUUAAUUUUGUCUUUUAAAGCAAUCCUGAUUCUACCUGCCUCACAGGAAGUGCUAAUGUUCCCUUUACGCCUUGUUCUCUCAGCACACCCGUCUGGGCAAAGGUAACAGUUCAAGAUGAUAUUCUCAUUUUUACUUUCUUGUGUUUAAUAGAAAAGA